UAGGUACAGAAAUAGUAAGUAAUGAAGCAAUGUGUAUUUAACAAAUUUUAAAAAAGUAUGUUACACAUUCCAUGCAACACAUUUUUAUAUUUUCAUUCGCAUUUUAUUGUUUAUAGACAUUUUACGUAUACCAAAAAGGAAAUAAGCAAUUUUAAUAAAAUGUGCAUGUUUUACAUACAUAGGCUACCUAUAUAUUCCUAUACACUUGUAUCGUUGUAUUUGCUUGUUACGGCACAUGAUGGAGAAGCUUCACCUGUAAAUUAAAUUAUAAUUAGGACAACCAUGCAUUUUUUUUAAUGACAGUUUCCUUUUUAAAUUAUUGUAUUUUUUUACCAUUGCUAUACAUAUUGUUAGCCUUAAAUACACAGUAUUUCAUUGCAUUGUUUAAACACGUUUUAUAUCAACGUAAUAGAUAUAUCAACAGAUAUAUACUCACGUGUACACAUGUAAAGUAAUAGUUUAUAAUUGCAAAUAAAUCCUUUAAAUAUUUGUGAAAAUGAAUAACCGACUAUACUGAAGGCCUCAUACUAAUUCUGAAGUAAUGUAAAAUGUAAGUAAUUCUGGACGAGAAUGAAAAAAAAGAAAAUCUCAUAAUCGACAAGUUAACAUUAGUAUGAAUCUGCAUUAUUUGUCUGUUUUGGAAAAUCUUUCGGUCGAAUCCCUUGAAUGAUUUGAUGAGAAGCCUCAAUGACAGACAAGUACAUAGACCAAUCACAUUCCCCCAUGUCUCACGCUGGGUCACAGGCACUGAACUCGCAGUUGGUGCCUAUAUGAUAAAGCUCUACACAGACAAACAAACACUGAAUAGUUCGUUCAAGUUAAUUUUUUUAUUGUAGUUGCACUAAAUUACGGCUUAUGGUAUUUUAGCCUAAACAUUAUUACGAACGUUUUAAACAGCUUGCUUUUGUUUUCUAUAUCUUUCGGUUACAUAAACUUGUACAAGUUGUGCAUUUAGUUAACUUACUCUCCUCAAGCUUAUUUAUGAAAAUUAUCUGCAAAAUAAAAAUGGACGAAUGUGGCUUUUAUACUUAUAGAACACUAAACAAUAGAACUGUUGGUGUGACAUUUCUACGACCGCAUAACACUUUUUGUAUUUUUAAAAUGCGAAUUAAAUUUAGACCCGAAAUUUCUGGUGUCUCACGAAUUUUAGCCUAACGGAUUACAACCAUGUGAAGAAAACUGUCCAUUUUAAAACUGGAGUAUAUCCCAAGUGGAGAUUUAUAAAGAAUAUUUAUACAAACUUACUAAAACUCAGAAGGCUUACGUAAGUUGUUUUACGGAUCUAUUUAUAAAUAUCAUUUAUAAUAUAUAUAUAUAUAUAUAUGCAGAAGUACAAGUUCCAUGUAUAUAUAUUGCAAAUGUUAUUUUAUUUUUUUUCCUCUGACGUGAGUUCACAAAACUAGGAUUAUUUAGUGAAUUGCCACUGCAACAGAAUGCGGACUUCUCAAUACACACACAAAGCAAAACGGUGAUUAUUAAAAAAUGUAUUUGAAUUGUACCUAAAAACUAAAACUUUUGCAAUAUCGUACAAAUGUAUUUUCAAAAUACAGGACGUUUUUCCUAAAUAUAAACAAACUACUGACAAUGCAUAAGCACACAUAUUUAAAAACACCAGUGUAAUACAUUAUGUAUUACCGGUAGGCUAUAUGAAACACCAAUGUAUCAAAAAUAUAUUAUAUAUAACCGUAAUUAUGUAAGUAUGUAUUGAUUUUGCAACUAAUCCACUAAAUAGAAUUUACAAUUUACAACGAGCCCCAGAAUGUAAAUUUUCUAAACACAGUCUUCAUCUAGCUACUGUCUUGUAAAAGCGUCUAAAAGUGUCCAUUGGUUAUUAUAUUCGUUAUUGUGUUUCCGUUAAUUUUACGAAGGGUUCUAUUUACUUGCCUGAGGUUCAUUUUUGAUUUGGAGCCGCAUAAGCCACGUAAAUGUGCGUGUAGACGUCUGUUCUUUGUUCUGCAUGGGUUUCCUUAACAGUAAAAUUUAGCUAGAUGGCGCCAUUGCUCCGCGCUCUGCUAUACAACUUCACCAACUUGACCCCAGUGACGUCAAGACGGUCUGGCGCAUCAAGGCCACUUUCAAAACCCUAUUGGUCUGAAAAUCACAUGACAAACCGCCUUGAAUCCAUAAUUAUGUUGCUGAUAUUUUUCGCCCCCCCAAAAGAUGUCAGCGUCCUACUGUCCGUAUACUCUUCAGCAUAAAGGAGGCUGUUUUAAAUCACAAGAAAAACAAGCUGAGUAACAAAAUGUCAUGUCCGAACAACGUGGCAGCCAACACAUUCCUGAUGGAUUCGCUGGUGGGAGGAACAUCUCCUUACAGAGGUGAGGGUUAUUCCGGAAUAUAUAUGCAACCGUCUGCAGAUUAUGGCUGUUCAAUGAUGGGUAGUUUUGGAAUUGUCGGCACCCCUCUUUCCAAACGGGAUGAGCUGCAGCCGAGCGGGAUGCAUCUCGGUAGUUAUCAACAUUCGCAUUACCUGUCGCAGCGGGACGCAUGGACCGCAGGCUCUAAAACUUACAGGGGCUCGCAACCUGUUGCCCAGCCUUUGCACCCUUGCUCAUUUCCAGCCAGUAAUGUGAAAGAAGAAGCGAUUCCUUGCCUUUACCAGACUGAUAACGGCAGCGCCAAUGAGUCCGCUGAGAAAUCCACCUACAUCCGUCUGGGAGACAAUAACAGACACCCGAAUCAAGGCGCCGUCUCCACCCCCGAUUAUUUCCGACGGAGCCAGGUGUACACCAAUGAAAGGGGCCACCAUGAAGAUGAGUUCGGCUCGGACUUUAAUCCAGUACCUAGAAUAACGCCUGUAGAGACACAAGCAGCAGAUUCAUAUGUCAAAACAAACAAAGCAAAGCAGAAACCAGCAGACAUGAAAGAAAAUACGCAAGAGGACGAAAAGGAUCAGAGACACUCUAGAAAAGAGGACAAUGUCUCUAAAACGGAAAGUUGUACCGAUGAAUCCGAGAGCGAAUUGAAAGAUGAGACAGCAUUGGAAAAAGCAACGGGGAACUGGCUAAAAGCAAAAAGUGGACGAAAGAAAAGGUGUCCAUACACAAAGCAUCAGACACUUGAGCUGGAAAAGGAGUUCUUGUUCAACAUGUACUUGACUCGAGAGCGCCGUCUGGAGAUCAGUAAGAGUAUCAACCUCACAGACAGACAGGUCAAGAUCUGGUUCCAAAACAGAAGGAUGAAGCUAAAGAAACUCAGCAGAGAAAGUCGCGGCCGGGAGCUAACUGCUGCCUACAGCUUUAACUGAUGGCUAAACAAAUAGACAAAAGAAAAAAAAUGUAGCAAAUACUUUUUUUGCCCCAUACCCAUCUUUUUCUUUCAUUUAUUAUUUUCGCUCACGCAUAUAUACGCAAAAUAUAAAAUAGCAAAGCAAGGCCCUAGGUAAAAACCGUUGGUCCAUGACUUAAAUUGCAAAGGGACUGAAGCAAAAACCUUAGCCUGAGUUAUGAAUGUGAAAAUGAGCAGUAUAAAUUUGUAAAUAUAUCAGUUGUGAAUGAAGCUGUGCGUGCAAAUAUUUGUGACAGAUUUGUAUUAUAGGCUCCCUAAGUCCAAAUCCUAAAAGCGAGAUGUCUACUUGAUGUCUUAGAUUAGCCUGUUUGCUAUCAGUGCGCUUGUCCUAUACAAUGCGUACUCUGUAUUUUGCAUGCUUUGUCCUUUAAGUGUAUCUGUCAAUUUAAUGUUCAACUGGAAAGGGUGUUAAAUAAAACGGGGUGGGAAAAUCAAAUCAAAUUCUUGUAUGUCCUUCCCCUUGCACAUUUUCUUCUGUAUUCUUUUUGACUGGGAAUUUUUUGGUGAGGACAGAGCAGAGAGGUAGAAAGAGAAAGUGCAGAGCACUUCGAAUAUGAGUGGGAGACCCAUAACGUUGAUUUAAAUAUUAUCCAGGUGACCACAGUAAGUCAAGGUCAUAAAAUUGUAAUGUCAUGACGGUCCUGGAAAGCGCUGGGGGUGGAUUUUAUGAUCUGCAAAUAUAAUGUGCUGCUGCAGUAAAGAUGCAUUAAAAGGUGAGUGGAGGAGGGCUAAUUCACAUACUGGAGACUGCAAUGUGCUGGCCUCACUGACGCUCUCUGCGGUCUGCCUGGCGGUUUUGGAACCAGGAACCCUUUAUUAUGGAGUAAUGGAAAGCUAUGGUACGAUGGACUGAACACGGAUGAAUGAUAGGAACUACAGCAACAGUAAAUGAAUGAGUGGAUCCUAUGAACAGCGUUGUUCGAGCCAUGUAAAGAAAGCACAAGCGGAUGAGGAAAUGAUGAAUGUACGGAAAGACGGGUCGCGUGGUUGAACCG